AGGGAGUGGGUGAAUAGGGUGAUGGUGGGUGUAUGGUGAGGGGUACCGCAAGCACCUCCCCUAGAAAUGCAGCAAAUCUCUCCCGUGUUCUCCUGGUGCGGGGCUCUAUCUACUAAAAAAAAAAAGGAGGGAGGGGAUGGAGGAGGGGGGGGGCACUCAAGCCCACCCCCCCCCUGAGCGCCACAGUACCGCAUUGGCAUCAGUGAAGGCACCUGGACGCACCUAACACCCACCCCACGCGCAAAAAAAAAAGGAUAUCAUAAAGGCCUUACAAAGACACUUUUUGCUGUCGGUGCGUAAAGCUUUACGCACGGCGUCUGGAGCCAAAAAAGACAGCGAGGAAACGUCGAACAUCGAGGAGGAGAGGACAGGACAAGGGAAGGAGAGGAGGGGGACAGGAUGCAGAAGCGGAGCAGCGACGUCUGAAGGUGAAAUGAUCCUGAGGAAAAGCACACUGAGGAAGAAGUGGAGAUAGCAAUUAAAAAAUAUUAAUAAUAUACCGUCGGUGUCUUAAUCAGAGCUCGUCCUUCCCCCCCAACCCCCUCACCCACCCACUCUCGUGUCUUGUGGAUGCAACGAAGCGGACGCCGCCACCCAAAGUAGCCUCUUUUGUAUAUUGGAUAAGGAGAGGAGAAAUUAAGCGCAAACAUGGCGACGUUAAUCCGGAGCAAACUGUCCAAUAAACUGUCUAACGCGGCCACGACCGUCACCAACAAAUCCCAGGCCAAAGUCAGUGGCAUGUUCGCCAGGAUGGGCUUCCAGGCCGCCACCGACGAGGAGGCGCUGGGCUUCGCCGCCUGCGACGACCUGGACUAUGACCACCGGCAGGGCAUGCAGAUGGACAUCCUGGCUGCCGACGACAAGGCGGCGGCGGCGGAGGGAGGAGGGGAAGGAGGGGCAGGCGGCUUGGAUGGGGACAGCCACUACCAGAGGGACGGCACCGGGCCAUCGCGUUCGUCCUCCAAGGACGGGGGUUCGAACGAACUGUCCGAGGUCAGACCCAAGAUCACGGCUUGGGAGGCGGGAUGGAACGUCACCAACGCCAUCCAGGGAAUGUUCGUCUUGGGCCUUCCGUACGCUAUCCUGCACGGGGGCUACCUGGGCCUCUUCCUGAUCAUCUUCGCCGCGGUGGUGUGCUGCUACACGGGCAAGAUCCUGAUCGCGUGCCUGUAUGAGGAGGACGAGGACGGCCGCCUUGUGCGCGUGCGCGACUCGUACGUGGACAUUGCCAACGCUUGCUGUGCGCCGCGCUUCCCGGCGCUGGGCGGCCACGUGGUCAACGUGGCGCAGAUCAUCGAGCUGGUGAUGACGUGCAUCCUGUACGUGGUGGUGAGCGGCAACCUGAUGUACAACAGCUUCCCCAACAUGCCCAUCUCGCAGAAGUCGUGGGCCAUCAUCGCCACGGCGGCCCUGCUGCCCUGCGCCUUCCUCAAGAACCUGAAGGCAGUGUCCAAGUUCAGCCUGCUGUGUACGCUCGCACACUUUGUACUCAUCAGCCUGCUGUGUACGCUCGCCCACUUUGUCAUCAAUGUGCUGGUGAUCGCCUACUGCCUGUCGCGGGCGCGGGUGUGGGCGUGGGACAAGGUCAAGUUCUACAUCGACGUCAAGAAGUUCCCCAUCUCCAUCGGCAUCAUCGUGUUCAGCUACACGUCGCAGAUCUUCUUGCCGUCGCUGGAGGGCAACAUGCAGAAGCCCAGCGAGUUCCACUGCAUGAUGAACUGGACGCACAUCGCCGCCUGCAUCCUCAAGGGCCUCUUCGCCCUGGUGGCCUACCUGACGUGGGCCGACGCCACCAAGGAGGUGAUCACGGACAACCUGCCGCCGGGCAUCCGCGCCGUGGUCAACAUUUUCCUGGUGGCCAAAGCGCUGCUCUCCUACCCCCUGCCCUUCUUCGCCGCCGUGGAGGUACUGGAGAAGAGCUUCUUUCAGGAGGGAGGCCGCGCCUUCUUCCCGGACUGCUACGGGGGCGAUGGACGCCUCAAGUCGUGGGGCCUGAGCCUGCGCUGCGGCCUGGUGGUUUUCACGCUGCUCAUGGCCAUCUACGUGCCGCACUUCGCGUUGCUCAUGGGUCUGACGGGGAGCCUGACGGGCGCGGGGCUCUGCUUCUUGCUGCCCAGCCUCUUCCACCUCAAGCUGUUGUGGAGGAAGCUGCAAUGGCACCAGGUCUUCUUCGACGUGGCCAUCUUCGUCAUCGGCGGGAUAUGCAGCAUCUCCGGUUUCAUCCAUUCCAUGGAGGGGCUUGUGGAGGCCUUCAAGUACAACAUUGAGGAGUAGACUCCGAGCCAAGCUCAACCUCCGGCACGCCUC